AUGGGUAAUUGCUACUCUAGUGAACAGGACCGAAAGGUCAAUACCUCACCUCCGCAGUUCUUGCAAAAGGCAGAGAAGCCAUUUUCCGCGGCGGUGGAGCUCUCAUGUAAACCCGUAAUAAGACUUUCAGAGUCGCCGUUGCACAUCAUUGCCAUUAAAACCGUUGCCCCGGGAGCCACCUCUUCGCCCGCCCAGACGGAGUCCAACGGUAUAACGACACUCAAUGGUUGUGGGGAGGAGAAUGCAGGGCAGACACCAUCUUUGCCAGCGCAACACUCCAUACUCACCUUCUGUACAGAAUUAAGUGACCCGAAUUUGGCAGGGGACGGGCCCGCCGCAAACUUAAAUAAAGACUCCCGCAAGUACGCUUUUACUCCGGUUGUGUCUGUCACGCCAUUUGCGGCGAGGGACUCACGUAUACUGGCCGCCUCCAUGUUUAGGGAACGCUACGGCGGGUGUUGUGGCAGUGCAGCGAAAGCUGAGAAUGUAGACACCACCACAACAGACCCCAUAUUCACAGAACCGACGGCGACUCCAACCUCAGGUGCCAUUUCUGCUGUGACGUUGAACGAGGAUAAAAAUAAUCCUGAACCGGUGUCACCGCCGUCCAGGGAUGAAGAUAAGCUGGAGAUGUCCGGCAAAUGCAAGGCAUCUUCCUCGGCCAGCGUUAAGCCGAUAUCUAUGCAGGAGCUGAGCCUAACACAACCGUUUGAAUCACUGGAAACACAGAAAAUCGGCGUGGUGAAGUCCCCAGAGGUGACGACUCUCUUGGAAGCUUCUCCCACAAAUAGUAAGAGCGAAAAGCGAGGGGUUUUCCGUUUUUUUCGCCAUGACGCUAAAUGCCGCAGCGGUACUCGUAGCCAUGAGCCCAUUUCUAUGAAGAAGGAGGGAAAAGAGGCACAUCGCAAGGAGGUAAUAAAGAACAACUCCAGUGAUACAAUAAAAAAGGUGGAAACACCGAAGCUGUCGCGGGAGCAAUUUAUUAACUGCGGUUUGCAGCGUUUGCGGCGGCGUCUGGAUGAACUUCAACUUUUAGAACACCGUGUCAAGAAUGAUGGAAACUGUCAGUUUCGCGCUGUGGCGCAGCAGUUGUUGGGUUCCGAGGAGCUGCACGAAAUUGUUCGGGUGCACAUCGUCACCUACAUGAAGGGUGCGCGGGAACGCUUUGACUGCUACUUUGCAAGUAAGGAGGAAGCGGACCGGUACUACAAUUCUAUGCUAAAGAAUGGAACAUGGGGCGACGAACUCACCCUUCGCGCGGCAAGUGAUAGUCUGCACGUAAACAUUCAUGUUUUGUCCUCAGAGGAGGAAAAUUUUUACAUUACAUACCGCCCAGACGCAGACUCUCAUGCACCACCGGUUUUUUUAGUUGAUAUCUCCACCAUCCGGCAGCAACGGCAUCGCCAGGGCACUGGCUGUUCUAGUGCUUUGACACAGGCGGCAACGAUAAUAGAAGAGGGAAACGACAGAAGUGGUGGAGGGGGCGGACCCACAAAAGACGUUGGAAGUCAUUCAGGUGGCAGCAGCCCCACACCGAGGCUAACACCGCUCUUUACGGCACAUGCUUCCGUUCCGGCAAAACAUAACACAAAGGACUGUGAAAAUCGGGAUAACGACUGCGAGUUUAUUGUGGAUGCGUGUGCGCUGCAGCGUCACCUGCAGCAUAAAUUGGCCCAAACAACCCUUAUAGCAGCCACAACGCCCAAACUGGACGUUUCUGCCAACAGCGGGAGCUCCUCCUUUGUAGCCUUGGAGAACCCGUCACAGACGGCAGCUGGGGAAUUCAGAAAUACCGGUGGAGGGGGUGGGUCCUGGGAAGUUAGCGUGGGUCCGCAAAGCUUUGAGAGCAGUUCCGUGGGCUGCAAUGCGAAACCACCGCACUGGCGUACCGUCUCUCAGGAAAUCGCUAGGUUUUGCGCUGUUGGAGCAGAAAGGGUGGAAUACGUUGGUGAGAAAUACAUCACGGCGCUUGUGUCUUGCAACACCCUUGCAGAGACAUCUGCAGGCAUGCCACCACACAUGGAAGCACCAUUCCCCUCACACAAUUUUUUUGGUACGCCUCAGCCAAACGCUUUGCCACAAUCGAACUCCUCCACUACGCUGUUUUCUCCACGGCAGGACAGCGACGGUAGAAUCGCGGACCCAGCCACAUGCGAUGUGGCGCGCUCAGCAGCUGACGCACCGACACCCUCCGCUGAUUGUGAUGGCAGUGGCGUCUCUGAUACACGUCUUGCUCGCCCCGAAGUAGAGGAUGAUAAGGCUGUCUUUGUGUUUGAAGGACUUUCGGAGCCCAUCGAUGUGUUUCUUUCAUACCUGUCUCCUGUGCAUUACAACGCUUUGAGUCUAGCUAGUGAUAAAAUCUCCCCUUGUGCGGAGAAUGCGAUCUCGCGAAAUGGCACUGCGAGUUUGCAGGCAGAUAACGCAUCUUCUUUUCCCACCGGGACGUCUCCGCCAUUUCUAAAACUAGUGCGUUCAGAGAACAUGAUCUCUGGCGUUGCGUCCGUCGUGGAGACGGAGCUGCCGUGCAAUGGGAAGUCUAAGGCGGAGGAAGAAAGACAAGAGGACUAA